UGGAGGUGGAGGUGAAAUUUCCUCCAACCAACCAAAUACUGUAUCCACCGUAUGUAUAAUUUUAUAUUGAACCGCUGUUGAAAAUAAUAGCAUCAGUACACACCCGAACUAGAUUAUUUAAUUUCAAAUAAACAAAAUAAAUAAAGAUUUUUAAAAGCUUUUAAUUAAGUAAUUUCACACAGCUUUCUUUAUGAGUGAGCUGCUUAUAGUGAAGAAGAGUCUCAACACAGAUCUGUCGGUUCUCUUAACACAAUACUUUCUCCUCCUCCUUCUUCAAACCUUUCCAUUUUUUCAGGAAAAUUACAACUAUAUAUAUAAUCAUGUCAAGGAGGCCAGUAAAUCCUGCUAGGCGCAUUGGUGAUGGAGGAAGCAUUCCAUUUGUGGGUGCUGUCCAAUCUAAAACACGCUCAUCACCAUUAUUAUCUAUUGGUCUCGUAGUCUUGGGUGCAAUUCUUCUUAUUUGCUACAGCUAUAGUGGUUCAGGUGGACUGAGCAGUAAAGAGGUUAUGAGUAAAUUUGAAGGUGGUGUUUCAUGCACGUAUGAAGUCCAAAGAGCCAUACCUGUUCUGAAGAAAGCUUAUGGUGACAGCAUGCGUAAAGUGUUGCAUGUGGGCCCCGAGACUUGUUCUGUGGUAUCUAAACUGCUGAAAGAGGAGGAUACUGAAGCCUGGGGUGUGGAACCAUAUGACUUGGAGGAUGUGGACACUAAUUGCAAGAGUCUCGUGCGCAAGGGCAUUGUGCGAAUGGCUGAUAUAAAAUUCCCACUGCCAUACAGGACAAAGUCAUUUUCUCUUGUAAUAGUGUCUGAUGCACUGGAUUACUUGUCUCCAAAAUACCUAAACAAAACUCUUCCAGAGUUGGCUAGGGUGUCUACUGACGGUGUUGUUAUAUUUUCCGGCUAUCCAGGUCAGAAUAGAGCUAUAGUUGCUGAGCUUUCCAAAUUUGGCCGUCCAGCUAAAUUGAGAAGCUCUUCUUGGUGGAUAAAGUUUUUUCUCCAAAAUAGCUUAGAAGAUAACGAAGCCGCAUCGACCAAAUUUGAUCAAGCUUCAAUUAAGAGCUCGUACAAGCCUGCCUGCCAAGUUUUUCACCUCAAAUCGUAUCAAUAAGACUGCAGCUUGCAUUUCUGUCUUCAAAUCUUUAGUGCCCAAGGGCAAAGUUCAUACCGAAAGGAAAAUAUACUUUGGUUCUGUGUUUCUAUUGGAAGACAGUAAAAGCUUCUAUCAUUAGUGUAUGUGUCAAGGAAGGAAUUCGGCAUGAAUGGGCUUCUUUCACCAGAGUAUUCUUGGCACAAAUAGUAUUGUCGUUCAAAGAUACAUUCAAGCACAUCAAUUAAUACAUUGUAUAUUGGAUUGAACGAUCUAUUAAUUAAUCAAUUAAUUUAUUAUUAUUAUUAUUGAAAUUGAAAAGUCAUUAUCCUCUUAAAUGACAAUUGAAACAAGCAAAUUAUCAUGUGUAAGCCAUGUGUCGUUUUAUGAUAACGACCUUAAUUUCUCAUGUUAUAAUGAUGUCGUUUCCUCUU